AUAGAUUAAAAUGCAGAUCUUUGUGAAAACCCUUACUGGCAAGACCAUCACCCUCGAGGUUGAACCAAGUGACGACGUUGAGACCGUCAAGGCCAAAAUCCAGGACAAAGAAGACAUUCCCCCAGAAGAGCAGAGGCUGCUCUAUGCUGGAAAACAACUGCAAGAUGGCCACACCCUGUCUCACUACUACGUCCAUCAGGAGUCCACCCUCCACCUGACGCUCCGCCUUAGGGGUGGCAUGCAGAUCUUUGUGAAAACCCUUACUGGCAAGACCAUCACUCUCAACGUUGAGCCAAGUGACGACAUUGAGUCCAUCAAGGCCAAAAUCCAGGACAAAGAAGACAUUCCCCCAAAAGAGCAGAGGCUGCUCUAUGCUGGAAAACCGCUGCAAGAUGGUCACACACUGGCUCACUAUUACAUCCAUCAGGAGUCCACCCUCCACCUGACGCUCAGCCUUAAGGGAGGUAUGCAGAUCUUUGUGAAAACCAUUACUGGCAAGACCAUCACCCUCGAAAUUGAGGGCUGUGACACCAUUGAGAACGUCAAGGCCAAGAUCCAGAACAAAGAAGGCAUUCCCCCAGACCAGCAGAGGCUGAUCUUUGCUGGAAAACUCCUGGAAGAUGGUUGCACCCUCUCCGACUACAACAUCCAGAAGGCGUCCACCCUCCACAUGGUGCUCCGCCUUAGGGGUGGUAAAAUGCAGAUCUUUGUGAAAACUCUUACUGGAAAGACCAUCACCCUCGACGUUGAGCCAAGUGACAUCGUUGAGAACGUCAAGGCCAAAAUCCAGGACAAAGAAGACAUUCCCCCAGAAGAGCAGAGGCUGCUCUUUGGUGGAAAACAGCUGGAAGAUGGUCGUAGCCUGUCUCACUACUACAUCCGUCAGGAGUCCACACUCCACAUGACGCUCCGCCUCGGGGGUGGCAUGCGGAUCUUUGUGAAGACGCUGACUGGCAAGACCAUCAUCAUUGAGAUUAAGCCAAGUGAUACCAUUGAAAACCUCAAGGCCAAAAUCCAAGACAAAGAAGGCUAUCCCCCAGACCAGCAGAGGCUGAUCUAUGCUGGCAUGCAGCUGGAACAUGGUCACAGCCUAUCUGACUACAACAUCCUGAAGGAGUCCACCGAGCACCUGAAGCUCCUCAUCAGGGGUGGAUAG